CACUUAAAGCGCCAGGAGGAUGUAUGAUCAUGGGCUGCGCCGGGCAACUUAGUGCACACGUAUGACUGUUAAUUUGCAAAAGUGCACGGCGGAGUUCUUGCCUGUGCUUCCGUUACCUGAAUUAUGUGAAGUCAUUAGGCUUUUUUAUUCACGCCGCGAGAAAAGACGCAACUCCUGCUCGCUCCGCAGCUCACUCCAAAAACACAACAGAGCUGUCAUCAUCACGUCGCUGCAAGGUUAAUCGUCAGCGUUGCACGGAUGACCCUGUCUGCAGAGUGAGCUGGCGGUGACCUUGUUGACACAGAGACGCUCACACUUCAGGACCAUGAUCAUGGCACUGGCCUGGCUCCAGUCUCACCUGUCCUGUGCUAACCCAACCACUAUCACCAGUUUCAGCCAUCCGCAUGCUUCCAGUAAAGCUUGCUGAAGGACUGUGUCAAGAGCCAUGUUGUCGGGGACUUGGCGGCGCUCUGUGGGGCACAACCAACAGCCUGCUGCGACACCUGUGGUGGCCUCCAGGGGGAUGACGGUGUGUGGGGUCCCCAGUGGUACGGUGGUCCUCGAGGCCCAGUACGACUAUAACUACCGCGGGGCUGAUGGACGGCAGGUCUGCAUCAGGGAGGGCGAACGGUUUAUUCUCCUGAAGAAGACCAACAGCGACUGGUGGCAGGUACGGAGGAUCGGGGCGGCCAGCAAAACGAAGCCGCUGUAUGUCCCUGCCACGUAUGUGACAGAGGUGCCCAUCGCACCAGUGGCCUCGCCGCAGCGCCUGGUCAUGUCCGCCUCGCUGAACACCAACCUCAGGACGCUGCCGAGGGUGUCGCUCUCUCCCAGCCCAUCAGCGUCUAGCUAUCAUGAGCCGCGUCAAGUGAACAAACCCAUCUACCGCUCCAUGGAAAACCUCAACUCCAACAGUGCCUUCCACGGGCUGGACAACCACACCAACACAGGUGGAGGCCGCUUCCCCACCCUGCCCCUCUCCGGAUUUACCUUCACCCCAAACUCUUCCACCUCCUCGUCAAGCCACCUCAUGGUCCCCGGGUCCCCCGCCUCCUCCGUGACCCAAACUUUACCAAGGAACCCCAGGGUGGUUCCCAUGAUCACUCGGAGCCAGAGCUCCAGCAACCUGCCUGAAAACAUGGUGGAGAACCCGUACGACGAGGUGGGCGGGGGCUUCAGCAGCCGGGCCAACCACAAGAUGCCCAAGAAGUCUUGCAGCCAGUGGGACAUGGUGGGAGCUUCUGGCAAAAACAACCAUCUGCAGGUCCCAACCGAGUCCUAUCUGUCCCAACUCUCCUGGCAGGACUCCCCUCUUUACAAUGAAAUGGAGCCGGGGAAGCGUCUGUCACAGCCGGACCCACCGAGCCCGGCCCCGGAUCAGCAACCUGUUCAAGUCCUGGACCUGUGGGAGCAGUAUUUAGACCCGUCCACAGGGAGAAACUACUACGUCAACAGCAUUACCAGGGAGAGGUCCUGGAAACCCCCUCGUCGAGCCCGUGGACGCACCCCCACCAAGGGCCAUCCAGUACAACCUCAGACACAACCCAGGGAAACCAACCAUCUGUCACUACCAUUUCCUGAAGCUGGCAAUGGAACAAUGCAAAGGCUGUCACCUGAUUUCCUCUUUGGAAGCCACCAGAGAAAUACAGACGGUGGCUGGCAGAUGAAACAGAGCAUGCAGCGUGCCGCCUCCUCUGACACCCUGAGCACGAUGGGGUUCAGCAGUGCCGAUGCCCACUUCCAUAACUCCCAGCAUGACGUGAAGCAGCAGCUCAGCCACUCCCAAUCUAUGGUCCUGCCUGAGAACGGCAAGCUGGUGCAGCAGUGCAGAGAUUACUCCUGUAAUGUGACCAACAUCGUCGUGGAACCUCCGUCUCCUGCAAGCUCUCCGGACAGUGAGGGCUGCACACCGGAGUUAGAGAAAGCUGGCCUCUUGAACAAGACAAAGAUUGCAGAAGGAGGCCGGAAACUGAGGAAGAAUUGGAGCCCGUCCUGGGUGGUGUUGGUUGGGAACAGUUUGGUUUUCUUCAAAGAUCCCAAAUCACAGACACCUUCCAGCUGGAAACCAGGAAACAGUCGCCCUGAGAGCAGUGUGGACUUGAGAGGAGCACAGAUCCACUGGGCCAACGAGCUGUCCAGCAAGAAGAACGUGUUCAAGCUGAGGACAGUGACGGGAAACGAGUUCCUGCUGCAGUCGGAGACGGACUCGCUGAUCAAAGAGUGGUACAAGACCAUCCAGAACGUCAUCGACAGACUGGACCGCGAGAACCCAUUAGACAACGUCCUCCUGUACUCUCUGAGGCGAGCGGGCAGCGUGGAGAUGUUGGACCACAGCGGAGACGAGGACGACAGGAGAACGUCUCUCCCCCGCUCAUCGUCCAACCUGGAGAACACGGAGAGGAAGCGAGUGAAGACCCGGCUGAAGAAGCUGAUCCUGAAGAGACCUCCUCUGCAGGCACUGCAGGAGAAAGGCCUCAUCAAAGAUCAGGUGUUUGGUUGCAGCCUGGAGAUGCUCUGCGAGAGAGAGCGGAGCACCGUCCCUCGCUUCGUCAGGCUUUGUACUGAGGCCGUGGAGAAGAGAGGACUGGACACUGACGGCAUAUAUAGAGUAUCCGGGAACCUGGCAGUGAUUCAGAAACUACGCUUCCUUGUGAACCACGAGCGAGCGGUGACCACUGACGGCCGUUACAUGUUCCCAGCGGAGUUGGUACAAGAGGAGAAGCUGAAUCUGGACGAGUCUGAAUGGGAGGACAUUCAUGUCAUCACGGGAGCUUUGAAACUUUUCUUCCGCGAGCUCCCCGAGCCGCUGGUGCCCUUCGGCUUCUUCACCGACAUCGUGGAGACAGUCAAGAUGUCGGACUACAUGGACAAAGUGGAUCGUCUGAAGUGUCUGGUGCUCAACAUGCCUCCUCCCAACCACGACACGCUGCAGUUCAUGUGUCGCCAUCUCAGACGAGUUCUGGAGCGCUCAGACUACAACCGAAUGACCACCCAGAACAUCGGCAUCGUGUUCGGGCCAACCCUGAUGCGCCCGGAGCGGGACAAUGGCAACAUGGCGGUGAAUAUGGUCUACCAGAACCAGGCGGUAGAGCUCAUCCUCAGCGAGUUUGACCACAUCUUUGGAAUGAGAGGCCCCUCUUGAUCUUUACGGACAGACGAUGGGGGCGGGGGGGGUUUCAAAAAGCUCCUACAGACGAAAGCACAAGUAGUGCAGCGUCAACUCAUGUGGUGUAAAAAAUGGAUUUCACAUCAAAAGAUAAUUACGGGGUAAAAAAGAACCGGGACAGAGAGCUGCUAAUCAUGACAUCUGCCCUCCGUAUAAAAGCCAUGUUAAAACAAUAAUAGUAAAACAAACCAAUUUUAGCUGCGAUACUUGUGUCUGUAAGUGCAGAUGUGGAACCGAGCCCGGGGAACGGACGCCUCUGUGUCACUUCUCCUUGAUGUUUCAGACUUGACCAGGAUGAAUAAAAAGCCAUAAAAGUGAUGAAGCUCCUCCAGCCGGUUCAGCUGGCUGAGUUUGAAUCAGUUAUUUAUCAAGGAAGGAUGUGUCUUAACGUAGCACUGAAACGAAACUUAGCAGAACCAUCUCACUGUGAAAACAAAAAAACACACAUGCACCACCAGCACCUCUUGCAGCAAAGGACGGACAGAUCCCACCUGCAGUGUGGAUAUAUACUGUAAAAAAAAUAUGCAAACAAAGCAGGAAGCGAGCCGGGCAUGUACAUGUGCCCGCAUCUCCGCUGAAGAUAUACAGUGUUUAGAAGACAAGUUUUUAGAUUCAUGUCAGAGUUCAGAGGCUAGCAUGAUUUCAGUGAUGGCGCUGAAUGUGCCAAGAGGGCAGAAAACGUUCCUUUGUACCAAAUAGUAGUGUACUUUUUUUAGUACCUCUUAGUGAGUGGGCCCUCAAAGCUUCCCUUAUUGUACAAAAUUGGAUCUAUCUUCUAUUUUUAUUAGCGCAAACUCCUCAGAUUAAGUUAAAAAAUUUAAAAAAAAAACAAAAAAAAAAAACAUGACAUUGUAAAUAUGUGAUAUACCGUCUUUGUCAACCAGUAGCACUUUGCAUACAGUGUGUAACCUAAAACAUGAUAUAUAUUAGCCAAACUCAAACUGCUUUGAAAUUACCAUUGUGUUGUCAAGAUGUUGCCUGGACCUGAUAACUCUCCUGCGUUGAAUAAUAAAAAAAAAAAAGAAGUGA